AUGGUGGAGGGAACUCCUAUGGGAACUUAUGUUCUCAAGAUGAUAGGUUAUAUUGAAAGCCUUAAAAAACUUGGAUUCCCUCUAAGUAAGGAAAUGGCUACCGAUGUUAUCCUACAAUCAUUGACGUAUAGUUUUAGCCAAUUUUUCCUUAAUUUCAACAUGAAUGAAAUUAGUAAGACUUUUCCACAGUUACUCAACUUGUUGAGAAUUGCUAACAGUAACAUGAAAAGGGCUGGACCCAAGCCCAUUCUAAUGGUCUGCAAGGACAAGGGCAAAAGAAAGCUUAAUGUUUCGAAAAAGCCUAAGGACAAUGGCAAGGCCAAACCCAACAAAGGAAAGACUACAUUGAAACUGAAAGGAGGAAUUGAUAAGGAAUGA